UCCUGUCCUGUCCUCCCCAGCUCGUGGCCUACGAGGUGAAGCGCAUGAAGGCAGAGGAGGGGAACAAACAGAAAAUCCUGAGGCACAUCAAGGAGCUGGCAGAGAAACUCUACAAAAAUGAGAACCCGUACCCUGCAGUGACCAUGCACAAGGUGCAGAAGCCCACCGAGGGCUGCCACCUGCGCCUGCACCAGAAGCCCUUCCCGCACCUGGACGAGGGCACCGUGCAGUGGAUCAUCGACCAGGCCACGGCCAAGCUGCAGACAGCCCCACCUGCUGUCAAGGCUGAGAAGAAAUGCAUGGUGCCCUCGGGACCCCCCAUCG